GAUGAUAUGUGUUCAUGCUGACGCGGACAUGGAGCCCCGAGAUCUUUAGGGAGUUGUAGGCGGGCUAGAAGAGGAGGGAAGGAGGAAGACGAGCGAGAGAAUGGAAAAGUGGAAGAGGCCGGGGAGGGGGGGGAAGGAGAAAAAAAAGGGAGGAGGGUCGAGAAAGGAGGAAAAACCAAAAAGGAGGAGAAAGCGGAAGACAGGAGAGAGAGACAAGAGUAAUUGGAGAGAUAAGGGAAUAACAGCAAGAAAAAAAAAAAACAGUAAGAGGAAAGGGCCUGGAGGGAAAGCCAAAAAGGAGGAGGGAAAAGCGGAAGACAGGAGAAAGAGAGAGACAAGAGUAAUUGGAGAGAUAAGGGAAUAACAGCAAGAAAAAAAAGUUUGAGGAAAGGGCCUGAUAGGGGGCGGGCCAGGGAGGACGGGGCGGUCCUAUAAGCUAGGGGAAUCCCCAGAUGUGCGUUGACAGCGUAGCUCCAAGUGGAGCAACGACUUUUUCUCCGUAUUAACUCACGGGGCGAUGCUGCUCCUGAACUGCGGGGCCGAGGUGGACAGCCUGAAGCAUUUGCUGGAGCCAGGGAAUGCUCCUCGAGACUUCUUCUGCCAGUCUCCACUGCACUUAGCUGCCCAGGCAGGACAUCCCUUCUUUCUGCUCGGCCAGCUGCAAUCAGGAGCUGACCUCAAUCAACAGGAUUCUUUUGGAGAAGCUCCAAUACAUAAGUCUGCUAAAGUUGGGAGUUUGGAAUGUCUCAGUCUGCUUGUAGUCAGUGAUGCCCUAAUUGACUUACAUAAUAAGGAUGGGCAGACUGCAGAAGAUUUGGCAUGGUCUUGUGGAUUUCUGGAAUGUGCCAAAUUUCUCACAACUGUUAAAUAUACACAAAGUAUGAAAUUAAGUGAACAGUCCAAAUAUUCAUUCAAAACUGACAAUUGUGGUUUGCUGCUUAAAAAUAAAAGAGCAUACAGAAAUGUGGACAACUCAAAUGGGAAGAAGCAACGAUCAGAUGCAAAUCAUUUGUGUUAGUGGGAAGCUACUGAAAGAAGUUUGGAGCAGACCUUUAAAUUGAUGCUCUCUUUAUGGGCCACAAGCUACUGAACUGAUCCACAAAAUAUUCUCAUCUUCUUCUAAGAAGGAGCAAGAUAUCAAAACUUUCUUUUGCAUGAAGAUCAUUUUAAGAACACCUAUAUUUGCAUAGUUUUGGUAUGCUGCAUUUUGGUUGUAUGUGUUCCAACGUCAUAUCUAUCUUUAACUUAAAUAUAAGUGUUUUGUUUAUA